GAGGUGUAAGAUCUUGAAGCUUCGAAAAGGGCGGGCGACAUCCGGGCAUCUGGGGCCGUCGAGCAGAGGCGCGCCUUGGAGCGUGGCUUGUUAGGGCCCGCGGCCAUGCUGAAGUGCGGGAUGAGCGGCAGUCAAGUAAAAGUAUUUGGGAAAGCAAUCCAAGCUCUAUCACGAAUCAGUGACGAGCUGUGGCUAGACCCAUCUGAAAAAGGUCUUGCUUUAAGAUCUGUGAAUUCUUGUCGAUCAGCAUAUGGAUGUGUCCUGUUUUCUCCUGUGUUUUUUCAACAUUAUCAAUGGUCAACCUCAGUGAAAGUAAAUGAGAAUGAUUCGACAACAUCAAAUUUAAAUUGCAAAUUGGGAAUGAAGUCAAUUCUGCCCAUCUUUAGAUGUCUGAAUUCCCUUGAAAGAAAUGUAGAGAAGUGCAAAAUAUUCACCAGUUCUGAUCUGUGCAAAGUCGUCAUUCAGUUCUUCUGCAGACAUGGUAUUAGAAGAACUCAUAAUGUGUGUUUUCAAGAAAGUCAGCCCUUGCAAGUUAUUUUUGAAAAGAAUAUGUGUUCUAAUACGCUAAUUAUUCAACCAAGAGUGCUUGCUGAGGCAGUUGUUCUUUUUACAUCAAGUCAAGAAGAAGUUACUCUUGCUGUUACCCCACUCAGCGUUUGCCUUAAGAGUUCCAGUGAUGAACCAAUGGAUUUGACCAGUUCUGUGUACAGUGAAAUGUUUGUUGGCCCAGAUGAGUUUGACUUCUUUCAAAUUGGAGCUGAUACUGAAAUAACAUUCUGCUUCAAAGAAUUAAAGGGAAUCCUGACAUUUUCAGAAGCUACACAUGCUCCUAUAGCCAUUCAUUUUGAUUUUCCUGGGAAACCUAUGGCUUUAAGUAUCGAUGAUAUGUUAUUGGAAGCUAACUUUAUUUUGGCUACAUUAGCUGAUGAGCCAAGUAGAGCAUCUUCUCCACCAUCACUGUGUCUUUCACAAAAACAAAAAAGGUCUGAUCUGAUGUGUUCAACAAACAACAAUUCAAAGACUGGCAAAAAUGCAACCGGCAAGGCCCCAGGAUGUAUCUUGAGAAAAGCAGCACCCAAAAGGCUUUAUCCUAAUGAGACUCAAACAGACAUCCCUGCAUUGGAAAACUGUGGCAGCCCUAUAAUGAAAAGAGUGAAUGAAGACAUUAGUGAAGUGCCAGAAAGCAGUGUCAGUGACAUGGAGGAGGGGCCAGGGUCUUCAUAUCUAAGGCAGUUUUCUUGCAUGUUCUUUGGAGCAGUUUCUUCUGACCAGCGACAACACUUCAACUACCCUUUUGACAGUCUGGCAACAGCAAGUGACAGUGAAGAGGACAUGAAUAAUGUGGCAUGCAGAAAAGAAUUUAAUGGAAAUGCUGCCAAAAUUAUUUCUGUAUUAUCUGACAUAGAGCAGCAACCGCCACUUCGAGAGCCUAGGUUUGGAGUAAAAUGA